UCUCCUUCACAGCAUCGCUGCAGAACAAGGCUCCGGGAUCAUCACAGCACUAUUGCAAACACUGUCCUGAGCCGCAGCGAGCGAGAGAGCAGAAACGAUGGGAUUUUAAACUGAAAGUGGAGCGCGAAUGCAGAGUUGUAGCUUUUUAUUUUCUUUAAUUACAGUGGAACAAGUUUACACUUUUGCACUGGAUGGUGAGAUGCGCAUAAAGUGACGGUCCUCAUCUCUUCUAAAGUCCUCAACGAGUUAUAAAACGCCAUGAAAGACGACUUUGCAGACGAGGAGGAAGUACAGUCUUUUGGAUACAAGAGGUUCGGAAUCCAGGAGGGCACCCAGUGCACGAAGUGUAAGAAUGAAUGGGCACUGAAGACCUCCAUAGCUCUGCUCUAUGUGCUGUGUACUCUCCUCACCAUUGCUGUUGCUGUACUUGGAUAUAAAGUGGUGCAAAGAGUUGACAGUGUGUCUGAAGGUAUUGCAAACUAUGGAGGAAAGAUCAAUGCUGUUGAGACUGACUUGAAAAAGCUAGAUGAUCAAACUGGGGAGAAGUCAGAGAAUACCACCACAGAGAUCCAGGCUUUUAAGAACAACAUCUGGACCCUCCAGAGGCAGCUGUCUGCGGUGGAAGAGCGCAUCCGCGGUGAUCAAGUUAAGCUGAAUCAGCUGCAGAACAUUGGCUCAGACAUCCAGAGCAGCCAGGGCUCCAUUCAGGGACUGCUGAAUGGUAACACAGCCACCUUGCGCUCUGUAAAUGGCAGUCUGCAGGCAUACGGCAGCAUCAUUGAGGGUCUGCAAGAAGACACAGCCAGGUUGCAAAGAGAACUCCAGCAGCAGGUAAAAAUCCAAAACCAGGCACUGCUUAGCAUCAGCAGCAUCAACCUCACUCAGGCCCAGCAGAGAGGCCUCAUUGCAGCUCUGCAGCACUCAGUGGAUGACACCAGCCAGGCUAUUCAGAAGAUGAGAAAUGAUUUUCAGAGCCUCGAACAGACGGCCCGACAAACGCGCUCUGAUACCCAGUGGCUUCGGAGCAAAGUGGAAAACCUGCAGAUCCUCGCCAGUAAUACCUCAACUCUAGCUAAGUCCAACAAUGAUAGCCUGGAGGAUGUGGGGACACAGCUCACUUUUAUUGCUAACCAGCUCCAGAACACCAGCAGCCUGGCUGAGACUCAUGACCAGACCCUGAGGGAGAUUAUGGAUCAGCAGAGGGACUUCGGCAACCUCACAUCCGCAAAGUUUGACCGCCUGGAGGUGCGACUGGAUGAGUCGGAGCAGAGUAUUGAUCGUGUGACCGGCAACAUCAGCUUCACCACACAGCUUCUUGGCGCAAUCAAUCUAAACCUAAAUGAUUUACGCACUUGUUCAGAGACUGUGAGCCGUCACUCAGACUUCUUGCUGAACCUUAACAGCAGCAUGGCUGAUGUGAGGACAGAUGCAGGCAGUCUGAGGUCACAGCAGGAAGAGCUGGCAGCACGUUUGGACAAGGAGGUCACCAGCCUCUCUAUUGUCAUGGAGGAGAUGAAACUGGUGGACACCAAGCACUCACAACUAAUUACCAAUUUCACUAUUUUAAAGGGUCCUCCUGGUCCCAGAGGAUCAAGAGGGGACAGAGGACCUCAGGGACUACCGGGUCAGCCAGGCCAAAAGGGAGAGAAGGGAGACAAGGGAGCUCCUGGGAUACGAGGACCCAGAGGAGAGCAAGGUAGUCUAGGACCACCAGGUCUUCCAGGAUUAAAGGGUCUCCCGGGCAUACCUGGCAGCCCCGGGUCCAAGGGCCCGAGAGGCUCGGGAGGCAGAGCUGGACCACCUGGUACUAAAGGAGAACCAGGUAGUGCUGGUUUGCCUGGACGAGAUGGACAGCCUGGUCCUCAGGGGGUACAGGGUCCACCAGGUAUCCGUGGCCCAAUUGGACCACCUGGAGAGCAAGGACCAAGGGGACUUCCAGGACCAGUAGGGCCCCAAGGGCCAGCAGGAGCACCCGGGCAGCCAGGACUACCAAUCCGGGUUCCAGUAGUUCCUUUUGGACCUGUGUCUCUACAGGAUGAGGCAGUAGCUCCUACCCUAUGGGCUCCAGGAUGCCCUGAUGAGUGGCUAAACUACAAAAACAAGUGCUACUUUUUCUCCAAAGACCUGCACAGUUUUGAUGAUGCAAAGGCAACCUGUGAAUUAAUGUCUGCUUCAUUAGUGAUCAUCAGUGACAUGGAGGAACAGAAAUGGCUGAAGAGGCAGAUCUUUGGCAAAGGUUACUUCUGGAUGGGUCUGACCGACAGGGAAGAGGAGAGCAUGUGGCGCUGGCUGGAUGGAACCGAACCUACUUUCACAAAAUGGAAGCCUGGUCAGCCGGACAACUGGGGCCACGGCCAUGAAAAGGGAGAAGACUGUGCGGGUCUCAUCCACGAAGCGUUAUGGAACGAUUUCUUCUGUGAAGAUCUCAUAAGCUACAUCUGCGAGAAGGAAAUGGAGACCUCACGAUUGCCUGGAUCAUAGUGACAUGUUCAAACUGAGUGCACAGCGAGCAGCUAGACUGCACCCAUGUGGCACUGGUCCAGCUGACGCAACACGUGGGACAGUCCAUAUGGAGAGAGCAAAGGGACAAUUUUGAAUGAGCCCAGGGCUGCAGCGGCAAACAUCUGUCCAAUGCUGAUGAGAUGCCUUUCUCCUCCAAAGUGAAGCCAGUCCAACAUUAGGAGUGCAAUACAGCAGGGCGACCAAGGAGGGAAGAGAAUCUUUUUGUUAUAACCAAAUCAACUGAUUUAUAUAUAUAUAUAAAUAUUUUUUAUAUAUUUUUUAAAUACAUUUUAUAAAACUGUACUCCACGUACAACCGAAUAUCUGAAUGUAUAUUUCAUUAUGCAAGUUUUGUAGGAAAAUAUGAAAUCUAUGAAGCCAAAUGGACUUCCAGUAAUGCUUCUCUUUAUAUAAUUUGAAGAAAAUAGAAUAAGGUGUGCAAAAUGAUGCGCAAAAAACAUGUCGCUGAUAUGCUAUCUUCAAACAAACUGUUAUCUAACCUCCUGAAUGUCUAUGUAAUAUUUUGAAAAAUAGAAAAAAAAAUAUAGUACUCAUGCAUAAACUUAGAAAAAUGCCACAAUCAGCUCGAGUUUUAGUAAAUGUGUUUACAGAUUUAAUUCUUUUAUGUAUGAUUUAUUUUCCGCUAUUACAUACAUAAAUAUGUUCAUGAAUAAAAAUCUGUGGAUCCUUCCUACAAAAUGUGCUGUUUUCUGCACUCAGGAUUUUCCUGCAAAACAAAAGAACCAACAAAUAAACACA